AUGCACUUCAACAAAGCAGAGACGCUGGUUAACUACUCCUUUGGAACAUGUCAACAGAGGAAGCUCUUUCCUCACUUCCACCCCCCAAACUUGUUGGGGAACAAAUUUCUCCCUCUUAGGGGAGCGCCCCACAGAGGGCCUGGAUGUUACAUAGCAGAAGAUAGGUAUGGCUUGGCAUACAACCUCUCUAAGAUCCCGACCAGUAUAAAAGGAUAUGCUUUGGGAGCCAGAACAGCUGUGAGGUUUAAGCCAAUCAGCAAGGAUAUGACACCUUACCCAGGCAUGUACCAAACAGUCGGUCCUCAGGAGCAAACACACAAACAAAAUUUUGCUCCAUUUAAUGCCUUGUUGCCUCGAUUUAGGACAUACUCUAAGGACACUUGUUAUCCUGGCCCUGGCACAUAUAACCCAGAGAUAAAGGCACCCAAAAAAAUCACCUGGCCAAUGAAAUUUGGAUCUCCAGACUGGGCCCAGGUUCCAAGUCUACAGAAAAGGACCCUGAGAGCUGAGCUGCCCACAGACAAAGAAUUUAGAAAGCAUCGGAACCGUGUGGCUUACCUAAGCCUGUAUUACAACUGA